AUGUCACCGCGACUGAAGCGCCAGGAGCUCCGUCGCGCAGCAGGAUACAUUCCUAGACCCAAGCCAUACGCCGUUCGGCCAACUGCUAGGACUGCUGCCAAGGACAACAAGUCAUCGACUUCUCCCUGUGUCUCCCCAUCACCGGCUCCACGCUUCACUGUCCCCAACUAUGCAUCGCUCACGGCCACCUUAGAUAAUACUGUCGACCUUGGGAUGCCCACUAGCGAGCAGUAUGCACGCCUGGAAGAGGACUAUAUCACAUUGCUCAAUCCGCGCAAGCGGGAGAAAGCCCUCAUCACGCAGGAUAUGUUCGACAUGGUCUGGGCUGUGCUUCACGACCCCGGGGCAGCUAAAGUCGGAUCUCCUCAGUUCCGUUGGUGGGUCAGGAAGAUGUUCGUCCUGUCUUACCCGACCAGCACCUUGUCCCCUGCCGAGCUCGCGAGUAUUGGCGCCGAGACGAUUGUGCCGGUAGUGUUGCAUCAGAAUCGACCGGUGGCUCUCAAGGACCAGAUCUACGAGAUUCUCUGCUACUGUCACCAACUCUCGAACCACGCUGGGCGGGACAAGACGACUGCUGUCGUACGCGAGCACUACUCGUGGAUUCCGAAGGAGCUGGUCUCGCGUUUCGUCAAGGUGUGCCCUACUUGCAUAAACAAGAAAUCCAAGAAUGCUAUCAUGGCCAUGUCGCUCGAUGUCGAUGAGGAAGGAGAACUCGUGAAACUGGAGACUAUUGACGCCGACGAGGACGUAGUUUUGGACUUGGAGAACGUACCGCCGUCUCUGGCCGACUCGGGUGUACCAGUCUUCCGCCGCGUAGCGCUGCCUAUUAGUGAGCUCGUGAACUACUACAACCACGUCCAGACUCCGGAACACCUCCAGUCAGCCUGGCCCCCUGGUCCUGGACCUGCACAGUCGUCCCUAGUGUCUCACCCUGUGCCAUCGGUUCAAUGGCCGGAAUCUCCGUCGCGUGGAUCUCGGUUUACCUAUCGUUCUAGGAGUCCGCCGAUGUUUGCCUCGGAUAUUGGUCACCAGCAGGCCUCUACUAGCAGUACGACGUACGGGCUUCCUCUGAUGCAGAGAUUUGGAAGCAUGGACUACAGUCAUGACCACCGACUUCUUCACCCGGCUGGACAGGAUAUCGUUCUUCCGCCCCUCACACAGAUUCUCUCUCAAGAAUCUCGUAGUCCAAACGUAUCACCAGUCCAGUAUAAUCCUGGCGCAUUCACCGUCGACUCUUCCGUCGGCCUUCGCGUUCCAGGUUGGCAGAUAGAGUCUCAGAACAGCUACCUCCGCGAGGUCUUGCAUCCAAAUGAACUAGUCUAUUCACAGCAGGAGUACCUGUCCCAAAUCGACCCUAUCUUGCUUCACGAAGACUAUGAGAUGUCGCAAGGUCGCGAACGUAGAGGCCACGUUCACCUGGAAGAUGGCUAUGCAGAGGAUUGUGCCGACUAUCGAAUCGUACCAUCCGGGUCGCGCUACGACCAUUACGACCUGGAGCCUGUCUUAUCGUUUCCUUCUCCUGCGGUUACGACGCCUAAGCUCAUGCGUGAUAUGUACGGUUAUGGCGAUCAUAUUUUUCCUCCCUCUCCAACUCAGGGCGCUUCGGCUCUGGAUGAUCUGAGACCGCCCAUACUGCCUUUCUUCGGCAUACAUUCCAGGGACGACACUGGCGAAGAUGACAUGCUCUAUGAACACCCGUCGCGGUUCUCUAUCCCCGUGUCCUUCGAGCGACGUCAUGCUGCUGAGGCCGUUGGCCUGAGUCGUGAUCUGGAUCCUCUGUGA